UCACCCUCUAAACACGCCACGUGUCCCCUCACACCUCUCAAAAACACUCGAAACCGCCUAACCUCAACAACACAAAAAAAACACAACAACAGUUUUCGUUUCACAUUAGUUUCAAACCUUAAGCCACAAUCAUCAUCACCCUCAAUUCAUCAUCAACAACACUUUUCUCAAUGAACCCAGAAAGCCUAAUAGCUUCAGCAUCCAUUAACAUAGGAUUAGCCAUGGUAGUCCUCUCACUCUUCUCCAUCCUCAAAAAACAACCUUCAAAAGCACCUAUCUACUACGCUAAACGCCUCUCACUCUCAAACGACGAGUCGUUUCAUCACCAAAACCAAUCUUGUCGUUUUCUUCCUUCUGUGUCUUGGAUUAGUAAAGCCUUUCAUGUUUCAGAAACUGAAAUACUCCUCACAAGUGGUCUUGAUGCUCUUGUUGUUAUUAGACUCUUUAAAUUUGGUAUCAAAUUCUUUGUCGUUUGUUCUCUCAUUGGGAUUGUCAUACUUCUUCCUGUUAAUUAUAAUGGUCAUGUUAAAAAUUCCAUGACUAGUAAUAAUCAUCACUCUAUGGAUUUAUUCACUAUAUCAAAUAUCUCAAGAGGUUCUAACAAGCUUUGGAUACACUUUGCUUGUUUAUGGUUUAUAUCUCUUUAUGGAUUAUAUCAACUUCAUAAGGAAUAUAAUGAAAUUUUGAUCAUAAGAAUUCAACAACUUCGACACAUAAGGCAUCGUCCCGAUCAAUUCACUGUUUUGAUUAGGGAAAUCCCUUUUUGUAAUGUACACAAUGCUCAUGCCUGUUGUGCUGAUCACUUCUUCUCUAUACAUUACCCUCAUGAUUACCUUUCUUAUCAGAUUUUAUACACUGGAAAAGAUGUUGAAGACUUAGUGAGUCAGGCAAAAUUGAUUGCAAGAAAGAUUGAUGAUUUGAAGGAGAGAUCCAUUGCUAGACAAACUAAGAGGGGAAUUUUCCUUUUGAAAGAAUCUGAACGCGAGAAAGAACGAUUAGCUUUGCUCGAGGAAAAGCUCGAGUGUCUUCGUCUCAAGAUUCAUCAAUUACAAUGCGAAAAUACUCUCAAACAGAAGGAAUUUCCCGUUGCAUUCGUUACUUUCAAGACGCGGGUUGCUGCAGCGCUAGUGGCUCAAUCUCAGCAGCAUUCGAAUCCACUUCUUUGGAUUAGUAGCAUGGCUCCAGAGCCAAGAGAUGUAUCGUGGCGAAAUUUGACGAUUCCAAGUAGAUUAUCGUCGCUAUGCAAACUUGGAGCUGUUGUUGCAGCCUCGGUUCUUACCAUUUUCUUUGUUAUUCCGGUAACUGCUGUUCAAGGAAUAGCGAAAUUCGAAAAGCUCAAGACAUGGUUUCCUCCAGCUAUGGCUGUACAGUUUAUACCAGGUUUAAGUUCAAUUGUUACCGGUUACCUUCCGAGUGCAAUUCUUAAAGGUUUCAUUUACAUUGUUCCUUUUGCUAUGCUUGGAAUGGCUAAGCUACCUGGAUCUAUCUCAAAGAGCAAAGAGGAAAUAAAAACUUGCAACAUGGUUUUUUACUUUUUGGUGGGCAAUGUGUUCUUCUUGAGUUUGUUGUCGGGUUCUUUACUCGAUCAAAUAGGCGAAUCCUUCACUAAUCCAAAAAAUUUCCCUACUCGAUUAGCUAGUGCUGUCUCUGCUCAAGCAGAUUUCUUCUUGACAUACAUCUUAACAGAUGGAUUAUCCGGGUUUUCAUUCGAGAUUCUUCAACCGGGUUUACUCUUAUGGAGCGCGAUAAGAUUUUGCUUCUGUCGACGAUCAAAGGAAAAGAAUCCUUACCUCUUUUCAUUACCUUACUACAGAGUAAUUCCAUUGGUAUCUCUAUCAAUACUUAUUGGAAUGGUGUAUGCAGUUGUUGCACCUUUGCUUCUCCCUUUUCUCAUCGGUUACUUCUGUUUAGGCUACGCCGUGUUCAUCAACCAGAUUGAAGAUGUUUAUGACAUUGUGUAUGAAACAUGUGGAAAAUAUUGGCCUUAUAUUCACCACUACAUCUUAGUAUCAAUAAUCCUUAUGCAAAUCACAAUGAUUGGUCUUUUCGGAUUGAAAUCGAAACCAGCUGCAGCAAUUUCCACAAUCCCAUUACUAAUCCUAACUUUAAUGUUCAACGAGUAUUGCAAGAUUCGAUUUCUCCCUUCGUUCCGCAAUUUCCCGAUUCAGAGUGCUAUGGAAAAUGAUGAACUUGAUAUGAAGAGCAAUGAGUUGGAAAUUAACUAUAAGAAUGCAAGUAAAGCUUAUUCACCACCUUGUUUGCAGUCAUUUAAUUCAAUAGAAUCACUUGGAUCAACCUCAACCUCAAGCUCUUCACAACCAUUGGUCACUACAUCAUGACAUAUAUUGUUUGUACCAAAAACUAACAAAAAAAAAAAUAGUAAAUUUUUUCUUGAGGGAAUUUUAUUUGCAUCCCAAAAAGUUAUAUAAGUGCUCUUCAUUUCAAU